AUGAGCCCCUCGGUAAUCACCACAGAGCCAGACACGGCUGCAUUAAACAAGAAAGAUGCAAAGGCGUGCCCCCUUGACGCCGCGCUCGACUUGGAGAAGGAGGCUGCAUCUCUUCUAGACCCCUUCUAUAAAAUUAUCGAGCAGCCUAUCGGAACCCGGCGCCCCAUACGAGUUGCCUGCAUGGGAGCCGGUUACUCGGGUCUCAUGAUGAGUAUUGUCUUCAGUGAGCGGAUGAAGAAUUCGAAUGCGGAGCUAGUCGUCUACGAAAGGAAUGAGGAUCUGGGUGGAACGUGGUUGGAAAAUAGAUACCCCGGAUGCAAAUGCGAUAUCCCCGCGCACAACUACGCUUAUAGCUUUGCGCCCAACCCUGAUUGGCCGAAUUACUAUGCCACCUCCCAGCAGAUCCAUUCAUAUAUGCAUGGCGUGGCUGAUAAAUACGACUGCAACAAGUUCAUUAAAUACCGUCACUCCAUCAAGGCGGCUGUUUGGAAUGAAGACAAAGCCAAGUGGGAGAUCCAAGUCGAGAACGGCGACGGGGUCGUCUUCCAGGACGAUGUCGAUGUCUUUAUCAAUGCUGGCGGUGUGCUGAACAAAUGGGAGUGGCCGAAUAUCGAAGGCAUCCACAAUUUCAAGGGCAAGCUCAUCCACUCUGCUCGGUGGGAUCAAGAGUAUGAUUUCACUGGAAAGAAGGUGGCAAGCAUUGGUAUCGGGUCUUCAGGCAUUCAGAUCGUGCCUCAACUGGCCAAGCUUGUGGAUUCUAUGGACGUCUACGUCAGGACACAGACUUGGAUCUCCCCAGCGCCUGGUAUCAACGAGCCAACCGCCAACGAUCCUGACAUGGAUGCUGAUUAUAACUUUACACCCGAGAGCAUGGCCGUAUUCAAGGACCCCGAGGUGCUUCGGCAAUACCGAGCUGCUAUUAUGGACCGUCGAAUCGAGAACUUCCAGCGUGCUCUUGCAGAUAGUGACGUUCAAAAGCGCGCUCAGGAGCUUUUCCGCAAGAGCAUGACUGAGAGACUUGGCGACAGUGAGAAGGGCCGGAAGGCCGCGCAAUAUUUACUACCAGACUUCCCCGUCGGAUGCCGGAGACAGACCCCCGGGCCAGGAUUCCUCGAGGCCUUGACACAAGACAAUGUUGAUAUGUGGUGGGAUGACGUCGCUCGUAUCACUGAGAAAGGAAUUCUAACACGGUCCGGAGAAGAGAAGGAGUAUGAUGUUAUCGUGUGCGCAACAGGCUUUGACACCUCAUUCAAGCCGUCAUUUCCCUUAAUCGGACGAAACAAAGUGAACUUGGCGUCAAAGUGGGAGGUUGAACAACCUAAGGCUUACUUCGGAUUCAUGGUACCGGACAUGCCAAAUUACUUCUGCUUCAUCGGACCCAACAGCCCAAUCAGCAACGGCUCACUGGUUUUGGGUAUCCAAGCGACUGCUUUAUAUGUCUACAAGUGGCUGGAGAAGUUGCAAACUGAAAUGAUCGGUAGCUUUGAAGUACGAAACGAUGUGAACGAAGAAUACAAUCAACACAUGCAGCAGUACUUGCAGCGCACUGUCUGGACUCGUGGUUGCCGCAGUUGGUACAAGCGUGGCACCGUUGACGGACCUGUCGUGGCAAUUUAUGGUGGAACAUCAUUCCAUUUCAUGGAAGCUAUCAAGAACCCACGGUGGGAAGACUUCAAUAUUCAAAGGACUGCGGAGGCUAGUUUGAAUAGAUUUGCUUACCUGGGCAAUGGAUUCUCACAAAGGGAGACCAAGGGCCAGAGUAUGGGCGCCACACAGACGCUGGACUUUGACGAGUACUGGCGUUUGUUUGUGCUGCCAGAUAUUCAUGAUUAG